CUCUUUUUUUGUUCCUUGGCCAGGUGCUAAGAGCUGGAACAUGAGCGCGUUUGUAACUCUCUCAUCAGGGCAGAGGAUGCCCAUGGUUGGGCUCGGCACAUGGAAGAGUGCUCCAGGACAGGUGAAGCAGGCAGUGUUGGCAGCUUUAGACUGUGGGUACAAACACGUCGACUGUGCUGCCGCAUACAGCAACGAGCAGGAGGUGGGAGAGGCUCUGGCUCUCAGGAUUGGCCCGGGGAAGGCUCUGCGUCGUGAGGAGGUGUUUAUAACAUCCAAGUUGUGGAACACCAAGCAUGACCCAGAGGAUGUGGAAGAAGCCUGCAGGACUAGCCUGGCCCACCUGGGCCUCUCCUACUUGGACCUCUACCUCAUGCACUGGCCUAUGGCCUUCCAGCGUGGGAAAGAGCUGAUGCCUCGAAGGGAGGAUGGGAGUGUGUGUUACGCUGACACACACUACCGUGACACUUGGGUGGCCAUGGAGAGCCUGGUGGACAAGGGUCUGGUCAAGGCCAUAGGACUGUCCAAUUUCAAUGCCAGACAGACUGAUGAUGUCAUCAGCAUGGCAAAGUACAAACCUGUGGUCAACCAGGUGGAGUGUCAUCCAUAUUUUUUACAAGCAGAUCUGCUGUCUCAUUGUCGGUCAGCUGGAGUUUGUGUAACAGCCUACAGCCCCCUGGGCAGUGGGGACCGACCUUGGGCCUGUCCUGAUGAACCACACCUGCUGGAGGACCCCAAGCUGGGAGCCAUUGCCAAUCGAUACCAGAAGACACCUGCUCAGGUGAUCCUUAGGUGGCAUAUUCAAAGAGGUGUGGUAUGCAUCCCCAAGAGUGUGACAGCCUCAAGGAUCCAGCAGAAUCUGCAGGUGUUUGACUUUUCUCUGUCAGAGGACGACGUGAUGCAGAUUGACUCCAUCAACCGCAACGAGCGAUUCAUCAUCCCUACAGUUGAGAGGGCAGGCAAGAGAGUCUGGAGAGACAUGGAGCAUCCUCAUUUCCCCUUUCAUGAUCCAUACUGACAAGUCUGUGCACGUACCACAUCAAGAUGUGUGCUUUAUAACAUGAGCACACUGAAGAAACAGAUUUAAAAUUAAUAUUUUAGAUGAGCGCAAAAUGUCGAUAACCAUUGUGUUCCGACAGUGGCACGAACCACUUUAAUGAAAAUGUUAUCACUAAACUUAUCAAAUGUUCAGGGCUCCGACACUCCCAUGUAACAUUUUCUGAUUCUUGAGAUAUAUUCAAUUAAAACUUAUUAAAAAAAAAAUUUUGUGCCAAAAUUAUUGA